GCACAGACGUGACCAACUCUCUUCCUUCUUCAGUCAAUCUCUCUCUCUCUCUCUCUCUCUCUCUCUCUCUCUCUAUAUAUAUAUAUAUAGCCCCUGCAAACCCAGACAACAAGUCUUACGUUCAAAAUCUCAAAUGGGUAGUCUCUGUUUCAGAUUUGAGGUUGCUCUGUUUCUGGUGGCGUCGUCUCUGUUUUCUCUGCAGCAAGCCGAAGCUUUUAGGUUUCACAAUGUGAGUGUAUUGAGAGCAAGAAAACAACCAAGUGGGUGCAAUAUUUUCUUAGGCAAUUGGGUUAUUGACCCUUCGUAUCCUCUUUAUGAAGCUUCAAGCUGUCCCUUCAUUGAUGCUGAGUUUAACUGUGCCAGAAGACCUGAUAAGCUGUAUCUCAGAUACUCUUGGAAGCCUGAGUCCUGUUCCUUGCCCAGGUUCGAUGGGAAGGAUUUGUUGAACAAGUGGAGAGGGAAGAAGAUAAUGUUUGUGGGAGAUUCAUUGAGUUUGAAUAUGUGGGAAUCGUUGGCGUGUAUGAUUCACGCGUCGGUGCCGAAUGCGAAGACAGUUUUUCUCAGGAAACAAUCACUGUCCACUGUGAUAUUCCAGGAGUACGGGGUAAUGAUACACCUGUAUCGCACGCCUUAUCUAGUGGACAUAGUGAGAGAAAAUGUAGGGAGAGUUUUGACAUUGGACUCAAUAGAGGCGGGAAAUGCGUGGAAAGGCAUGGAUGUGUUGAUCUUCAAUUCUUGGCAUUGGUGGGUCCACACUGGAAAAUCUCAAGGAUGGGAUUACAUAAGAGAUGGUGGUAAGCUGGUGAAGAACAUGGAUCGUUUUCAGGCAUACUUGAAGGGAAUGAGCACUUGGGCAAGAUGGGUUGAUCUUAAUAUUGAUCCCACCAAAACUACAAUCUUCUUCCAAGGCAUUUCUCCCACCCAUUAUCAAGGAAAAGAGUGGAAUGAGCCAAAGAAGAGUUGUAGUGGACAACUAGAGCCAUUAGCAGGGUCAACAUAUCCAGCAGGUCUGCCUCCAGCAACUACAAUACUCAACAGUGUGUUGAAGAACAUGAACACUCCUGUUCUUCUCCUUGACAUCACCCUCCUCUCCCAACUCAGGAAGGAUGCUCAUCCUUCCGUCUAUGCCGCCGACCGCUCCGGCAACGACUGCAGCCACUGGUGCCUCCCCGGCCUCCCGGACACAUGGAACCAGCUCCUUUACGCAUCUCUCACUUGAACUACCCAUAGUAAUGGAGAUCAUCAUUCAAAGAAAGAUAGAUGGAGAAGAAUACAAGAUAGGUUUUAUUUCCUCCCUUAUGAUCCCUCUGUGGAUUGUCUUUAUUAUGACAUAGGAGAGAGAGAUCAGAAGAGGGAGAGAUCAGUUCUUUUAGUGAUGAUUUAAUUUCCAUUGAUACCUGACUAAAUUGAAGUGAACUCUUUUUUUUUUUUUUAUAGAUAUUUAACAUCAAGUUGUUUUCAUAAAAUUAUAACAUGUGGAUGUUGGGUAUUAUUGCAUAUUAUAGUGAUUCUUUACAAAAAAAUUAUUCCCCACAUGUUAUAGUUUAGUUGGAGAACUUGUUAGUGAAUACGUGGAAAUUAAAAUUGCAUUUGAGUUUUUUCUUUUCUUUCAUUAAUGAUUGGAGGGUGGAUACUAGAAAUGAGUAAAUUGAUCUGUUGUAAAAUUGUAGGCUAAUGAUCAUUUAGUCACAGAAUGAUCGAUGUUGAGCUUUA